AUGGAUCAGCUGAUUCCAAUUGCUUCCAAGCUCCAAGAUGUGCUUGGCGCAGUCGGUCAAAACACGCAACUCGACCUGCCACAGAUUGUUGUGGUGGGAGGACAGUCUUCUGGUAAAUCCAGUGUCCUUGAGGGAAUCGUAGGUCGAUCCUUCUUGCCUCGUGGAACUGGUAUUGUCACAAGAAGGCCACUGGUCUUGCAACUUUACAACACUCGUGCUAUGGGAAUGUCAGAAGAUUCGGAAGAGUCUUUUGAGAAUAUCGUAGGCGACUCCGAAGCGGAAUGGGGAGAAUUUCUGCACAUGCCUGGUCAAAAAUUCCACAAAUUUGGAGAGAUUCGCAGGGAAAUUGUUCGAGAAACUGAUCGUCUUACCGGAAACAAUAAGGGUAUCAGCAACAAUCCAAUUCACCUCAAGAUCUACUCUCCCCGUGUCCUUGCUUUGACAUUGGUAGAUUUGCCAGGAAUGACCAAGGUUCCUGUUGGCGAUCAACCAGAGAACAUUGAGGAGCAAAUUCAUGAAAUGCUCCUUCAGUUCAUUUCGAAUCCCAACGCUAUCAUUCUGGCUGUUACUGCGGCAAACACAGAUAUUGCCAACAGCGAUGCUCUACAACUUGCCAAGGCCGCUGACCCGUAUGGAAACAGAACUAUUGGAGUCUUGACAAAGCUUGACUUGAUGGACCCUGGCACAGACGCUUCGGAAGUCCUCAAGAACCAAUUGAUUCCCUUGAAGCGGGGAUACAUUGGUGUUGUCAACAGAGGACAAAAGGAUAUCAAUGCAGAUCUCAGUAUUCGUGAAGGUCUUAAGAAGGAAGAGGAAUUCUUCAAAACUCACCCAGUCUAUUCUCACGACCGCACUCUUCGUGAGAAAUGCGGAACUGGGACGCUUGCAAAAGCUCUCAAUACCAUUCUUAUGCACCACAUUCGGGAGUGUCUUCCAGAAGUGAAGAAUCGUAUUUCAUCGAUGAUGGGUGACGUGCAGCAAGAAAUGGAAGCAUUGGGUUCAUCAAAUCAGCAAUCACGAUCUUCACUAGGUGGAACUCUGCUUGGAUUACUUUCCAAAUUUGCAACCAACUUUGCCUCCAUCAUUGACGGUAGGGGAGGUGAAUUGAAUAAUGGCAACUCAAGAAACCUUGCCAUGGUUGAACUAUUUGGUGGUGCCCGUGUCAACUACAUCUUUACCGAGAUCUUUGCCACUUCGCUGAUGACAGUCGGCGCUUUUGAUGGUUUGACGGAUGACGAAAUUCGCACUACCAUCACAAAUGCCAACGGUACGCGACGUGCACUAUUCGUGCCAGAAAUCUCCUUUGAUAUUCUGGUGCGAAGACAAAUCACAAGGUUAGAGCAACCAGGCGGCCAAUGCGUUGACCUUGUCUACGAAGAGUUGCAACGCAUUGCUUCUCAAUCCGAACCGAAGGAGUUGACGCGGUUCCCUGUUCUCAAGGACCGGAUGGUGGAAGUUGUGUCGGCUUUGCUAAAACGUUGCAUGGCUCCAACACAAAUGAUGGUCUCAAAUCUUGUCAAGAUUGAACUGGCUUACAUAAACACAAGCCACCCAGACUUUAUUGGUGGAUCUCGUGCUGUUGCAAACUUGAUGAACCGUGAAGGAACUCAAGAACCUAGAAGGCCUAUGGAGAUUGCAACCACUCCUCAAUCCACAGCCAGUAACUACUAUAAUGCUGACGAUGAAGAUGGUCAAGAAACACCAUAUGGGGAUGGUGAAAAGAAUGGCAUCAUGAACUUCAUUUUCCGGGGUGGCAAGACUCCUCCACCAGACAGGUCUCGAGUCGAAGGUGGGCCGCCCACUAUUGUGCACCUUCCUCAAGUUCCAGACACAAUGAAGCAAACGGACGUGCCACCAACUGACCGGGAGCUCACUGAAAUGCAAGUCAUUAAGUCUCUCAUCGAUUCUUACUUCAAGGUUGUUCGAAAGAACUUUAUUGAUAUGGUUCCAAAAACAAUCAUGUACUUUCUGGUAAACCAUGUCAAGGAUGCCAUGCAAAAUGAACUAGUCUCAGAAUUGUACAGAGAAGCAGAAAUCGAUAUAUUGAUGAAGGAAGCUGAAGACGUUGCUCAGCGAAGACAAGCAUGUCAAGAAAUGGAAGACCUGUUGGGCAAGGCUCUAGAAAUCGUGAAUGAAGUCAGAGACUACAAUUCCUUCAGUAUCGAAUAA